GAAAAUGGAGAUAAUGAGUCUGGCCCAGUUACCGACCCAGAGCCAGCCCGAAAGUCUCAAGUCUAAACCCGACUUGGAUCGACCCGACCCGUAAACGAGAACAGAUUGCGGAGAAGAACGGAGUGAGCCAGGAAUUUUGAUUCUCACGGUAAGGAUUUAGGGUUUGUUUUGUGUAGAAGGAAUUUCUCAGAUCUUCGAAUAUCUUCCGAGGUUCUGAUAAUUUGGGAGUUGCGUUAAAUUUCCUGGGUGGGUUGCUUCGAAGGAGAGUGAUGGAUGCUCAAGCGAAGAAGAAGGCGAUGUUUCGCUCUAAACUCAACGCCAAGAAGAAAGACACCCGCAUAGAUUCUCCUCUCGUUAGGUACAACGAAUCAGACCAGCCUGUGUGUCGAGUUUGCAAUGUCGUCUUGAAAUCUGAAUCGCUCUGGGAUGUUCAUCAAGCUUCUCGUAAGCACCACGAGGCAAUUGAUAAUCUGAAGGCUAGUGCAGCGGGAGUCCAACGGGGUACCAAACCUGCUGAAACUCGGCCAGCAAAAACUGAAGCUUUGGCUAAAUCAUCCAAAUCUCAGACAUCAUCUGGUCUUCCGCCAAAUUUCUUCGAAAAUCAUGAGCCUGCUAGAGAAGUAGAACCAGCAAUAUCCAAGAAUAUAGAGCAAUCCAAGCAGACUAUAGGUUCAGAAACAAACAAUUCAAAGGGACCACUUCCAGCCGGAUUCUUUGAUAAUCAGAAAACUGAUUCUUCAAAUACCAAAACCACCAGUGAACCUAAACAGAGUCAGACACAGACCACUGGUUCAGAAACAAAAUCUGUGGUGAAAGGAAACCUUCCGACCGGUUUUUUUGAUAAUAAAGAAGCUGACCUGCUUGCCCGUGGAAUAAAGCUCGUCAAACCAGAUAUCAAGGAUGAAUAUAAAGAAUUUGAGAAGUUGAUACAAGAUGAUCUGCAGGUAGUGGAUAGCCGCAUGGAAGAAGAAGAGGUUGAUGCUGCGGAAACUAUAGAAGAGGAGGAACAACGAGAGCAAAGAUCAUACAAAGAGAAAGUAGAGAUUCUAAAGAGGAGGAAAAGGGAACUUAAAGCAGCUAGAUUAGCUAAGCGUAGUAAAACCUCUGAGGGGUCUGUUAAAAAGCCGAAGAAGACCGAGGAAGAAUCCCUCAGCGAUGAGGAGGAUGACGAGGAUUCCGCUGUUGAUUGGAGAGCUCAACAUCUUUGAAUAAAACUAUAAAAGACUGUUUCAAAAUCUGUACCCUGGUAAAACAUUCAAUGUUCUCUUAGAAUAUACAGUGAAAACGAAUCAAUCUCAUGAUAUAGAAUUAUCUGCAGUUUCAGAGGAUCAA